ACGCGCCGAAUGCCAGCCCGAGACGUAGUAAGAGAGUCCGCCUCCGCCCCUCCGCCUCUUCAGAAGGACCAGACGCCAGACUGGAGCGCGACGCACACAGGACCCCGAGCAGAUCUGCCGGAUGAAGCGCCGCUCUCGAAAACCAUGCCUGAGACGCUGAACAGAAUCACACCGUCUCAGCUGUGACGCUAAAUCUUUUAUCAUUUAUUAUUAUUAUUAUUAUUAUUAUUAUUAUUAUUAUUAUUAUUGUUACGUUACUCUUUUUGACAUUUUUCAGAGGUUCUUCUUUUCUUGAACUAUCUUGGGAGUUAUAAUAAAUAGAUUUUUAAAAAGCCGUCGUCACUUUCCAAGUCCGUUUUUUUAAAAGAAAAAGGAGGAGGAAGUUGGAAUUCGGGGAAAGUUUCGGUGGAAAAGGGAGGCGUGCAGCGGCGGCGGCGACGGCGGUCGGGAGCCCCCCCUUUUCUCGACGAGCGACCCCGUGAGAGCGCGCCAAGACGCCGCGCGCCGUGCUCCGCGUGAAGAAUGCCCAGACGCGGCUGGCCAAGCCGGCGAUGGCGGCGGCCGACCCGGCCACCGCCGGCCUGUUCAUGGAGCGCUCGCAGAGCCGCAUCAGCCUGUCGGCCUCCUUCGAGGCGCUCGCCAUCUACUUCCCCUGCAUGAACUCCUUCGACGAGGACGACGUCGACUCGGAGGGCCGGCGGCUGAAGGGAACGAUCCAGCGCAGCACCGAGACGGGCCUGGCGGUGGAGAUGCCGAGCAGGACCAUCCGCCAGGCCAGCCACGAGUCCAUCGAGGACAGCAUGAACAGCUACGGCUCGGAGGGGAAUCUGACCUACAGUAGGAUGUGCCUGUCCACAGAUGCCCAAUUCAGUGACUUCCUGGAUGGGAUGGGCCCAGCUCAGUUUGUGGGCCGGCAGACUCUAGCAACAACUUCCAUGGGCGAUGUGGAGAUUGGACUGAUGGAGAGGAAUGGAAAACUGGAGGUGGAGAUCAUCCAAGCCAGAGGGCUCACCAUGAGACCUGGAUCCAAGGGUCCUCCAGCUGCUUAUAUAAAAGUGUACCUACUUGAAAAUGGUGUCUGCAUUGCCAAAAAGAAGACCAAGUCUGCGAGGAAGGCCUUGGAUCCACUUUACAACCAGGUCCUGCUAUUCUCGGAGAGCCCUCAAGGGAAGGUUGUUCAGGUAAUUGUCUGGGGGAACUACGGACGCAUGGAUCGCAAGUGCUUCAUGGGCGUGGCUCGCAUCCUAUUGGAGGAGCUGGAUUUGUCGAGCAUGGUGAUUGGCUGGUACAAGCUUUUCCCCACCUCCUCCAUGGUGGACCCCACGAUGGCGCCCCUGAUUCGCCACUCCUCCCAGCUGUCCCUGGAGAGCACGGUGGUGCCCUGCUGCGACCGCUCCUAAGACCCCCGCCGCCCUUUCCCAUCGCGUGCCCCGGCCCUCCCGGGGGGGGGCCCCGCCUCCCUCUCUCCGAAUCUCAGAGUGCUGCAUUUAGGACGUCAGCUAGCCCACUCUGGGUAAGCACUGGGGCUGGUGUUGCCGUCCUGUGUCAAAGUGGCACGGGCACACAGAAGGAUUUGACGAUCUUCGAUCGGUGUUUCCACGGGGACGGGAACUCGGACUGACGACUGACUCGGCCCGUCGGGCUGGGCUGUGCUCUGAGCGCGCCGUACGGCCGGGGCUCGCGGCUUCCUUUGUUUCGCCCCCUCAUACGACGCUCGCCGUAGCCCGAGGGUCGACGUCCGUUGCAGACAUCGUACCAUCCGGAACGCUGGCUGGACAUUUACGCCACGCCCGUAGGGCACGCGCAAUAUCGGGGCGAUGACCGGCGUCCGCGGCAACAGGCCCGAGGACUAGGCGGGAGAGCAUCCUUAGUCUCGCGAUGCCGGCCACGCCCGUUCACCGACGACCCCGUGGCCGCCGUCUCAAACCUGGGGGUGGGGGGGGGGGGGAGGGUGGAGGUCGGACUGCGUUCACUUUCGCUGCUGUGUACCUGAAGUUCUGCUCAAGAGGAAACAUGAAUGUUUUGUCUUUGAAGCUUGGCUCGCCCCCUAGAUUUAUUCAUAUUUAUUACACAUUAUUUUUCUUCUGUUUACUGUGCCAAUUUACCAGCAAGUGUCUUUACUUUGUGGCUUGUGCCAUUGUUCUGUGAAUUAAGGGUGUCUUUUUGGGCUAAAACAUCAGACGACUGCUUCUAAAAGGUAUAUAUUGAAGUAUUAGAGUUAAGUUCGGAAAUACUUUUCUAAAUAUUUGCCAUCCCGUUUGAAUCAAUGUGAAACUUUCUGUUGUGUACAUCAAUAACAAUGACACUAGACCUUAUCUGACGGAAAUCAUCAGAUUAUGAAGCUAAAGCUGCAAGCUAAAAGGUGAAGAGCUGAAAUGAGUGUACUUGCAGCAAAUGCUCUAUUUAACGGGCUAAAUGCGCACUUUAUUGUCAUUAUUUUUUCUUUUCAUUUUUACAUUAUUGAUAAGCUGAGCCAAAGUCUUUUGCUGUGUUGAUUAGUAAUUCAAUGGAGACACUGGUAAGCAACUGGACUUUGGUAGCACAGCAGUGUUGUAGCAUUAGCAUUCAGCAUGACAGACAAUAUAGCUUAAUACAAAAUAAUAAGAAAGACUUAGAAAAGCAUGAGAUUGUUGUUACUGGGUAAUUGCAAGAAAUACUUUGCUUAAAAAAAACACUGAAAAAUCAUGAAAUAGGGACUAACGAUGUAGCAGCAGACUAAAGUAGUUCAUUAUAGAUGCAACUUUGCAUUGUACUGUGAAGAAUACAGAACUGGUAAUCAGAGAUGUGUUUUUUUUUACUAUGAAUGCAAAAUUAUGAUAAAAAAAAAACACUGAAAUAAGACAUAUGUGUAACUAUGUACAAAAUUUCCAAUUUGAGCAACUUUAUACCAACAUACAGUCAAAAAAGAAAGAAGAAAAGAUGCAGGAACAUCUGAAAAUUUCUUACAAAUUCCAACAUCUAACAUAAAAUAUUUCUCUGUUGGUUACAACAUGGAUUACAAGUGUUUUACAGUUUAUCGUGUACCACCUUGUAUUACCAUGUAAAAAUAAAUUAUACAUAUAAAAGAAUUUGAAUUACAUUGAAAAUAAAGCUAUUCUAUUACUAUUAUAGUUUUGUAAUAAGGAUAUUCUAUCAUUUAUACACAAUAUCCGUUAUGACAGACCACUCUACCAGAAUGAUGAUUUGUGGCAAGACCACAAAACAUUUUCAAAUUUCGAAACAAAAUAAAAUGUUUCGAUCUACUGGAAAAUAGAAUCUUGAAUUUUCAAGAAACCAGUAAACAGCAAUCAGAAGGUUUUAUAACUGACACUUUGUACAGUGUAGCUGAAAGGGCAUUCCAAUGUGCUCUACACCUGUGUUUUAAUUUAAAAACUAUCAUUUAUGAAGCAAUAAUAAGCUUGUUAUUUCCUCUGGCAUUACCAGGCCAGAGAGCCAACAACCAAAUCUUAUUUCAAAAGACAAUAAAUUUAAUUUCAAAAUAAAUAAAACAUGCAUGAUAAAUUAAGUCAGCACACAAAUGUUUUUUUUAUUUCAAUUUUUUAUUUUAAAAUUCUAUAAAAUAAAAUAAUAUAACAGUAGUCUGAGGAAAAAAAAAAGCUAAAAUACUAUGUUCACUUGUCAGUUCAAAGUAAAUGAAAUUAGAAACGUAUUUCACACAUACUGUACAAAUGUAUCUAAAAAAAAGUUUCUAGUUUUUCUAAUAUACUGUUCUGUACCAGCACAAAUUUAAAACAUCUCGUCAUGAUGUGUGUGUGUGCACACGUGUGUGCGUUUGUGUGUGUUUGUGUGUUCUGAAAUAGUUAGGUAGUUGUAUUCAGUUCCAGGUUUGAAAUAGUUAUUUUCCACACUUUCUAGAACUUUCCCACACUGACAGGAGUUGACCCCACUCAUGUUCUACAGACAUGAACUCAUUGGCAUCAUGAAUUUCAUUCGUUUAUAAACGAUUUGUGAAUGUAAUAGAAACUUUAAAGUGCUUGACAUACACCAAGAAAACACGUUGUAAAAAAGGUACAUUAUAUUACACAAUCGGUUUAUUCUCUACGUUUGCUUAUAAAUCCCAUGUGAGGAUUUAGUAGACCAAUUAUGUUGAAAGUGUGGUUGAAGUUUAACAAAAUUUAACUGACUUGACUUUUUCCUUUGGAUAAAAUAAGAUAAAAUAAGAUUUAUAUCUCCGUGUACAGUACCCACAUCACUUUUUAAAAAAGAAAUAGUAAAUCACAGUUGAAUCAGCGUUCGCUUUAAAAGACCACAAAUUAAUUCUUAUUAAACUGACUCCCCAGAUUAUCCUUCAUAAGCUGGUGCCAAAAAACAUUUUUUUUUUCAAAUUAACAUGCAGAAUUGUAGGGAGGCACAGCUUGUAAUCAUUUUUUCCAGGACAUGGUAAUGCCUGAUCCUCCACGUUCUUGUAUUCAUAGCCAUAUAAAACAUAUUUGAUAGACAGAAGGGCUGCCACGGCAACGUCUUUCAUAUUGCAAUAGUUAUUGGCAGUUAAGGAAAAACUGGUCUUUGUUCGGUGCGUGGUACUUUUCCCCCAAAGAUCACUUCCUGCUUCAUUUGGAGAGAGAAAUAGCAUGAACUGGAGAGAAGACUUGAGCAAAUAAACUAAAAAAUAACUUUUCAUCUAUAACAAUUCCCCCAGAAGAAUUAUAUUUCCCUAAACCAAAAACACGAGUGCAUUAUAAAAAAACAUCAUAUUACAUAUAUGAAAUAUACUUAUUUUUACUCAAUAUGUAAAAUUUUUACAUUUCAAUAUGUAAGGGGCUGUUGCAACUACCAUUGUGAUGGAGUCAAGCCAAAUCAUGUCAUAGGGUUGUUGAUGACAUGUUCAUGAUAUUUUUGAACACGAGUACCACUGGAAUGUAUUUCAGUUUGCAUAAUUUCUUGAUAAUGUGCAUGUGAUUAUUUUCUCUUUGAAUUACUGUUGAAUUUGAAAGAAUGUGAUGGCACAUCACCUAAAUAAUCAAGUUUAACAAGAAAUUAUAUAUUCUCUGAUUCGCCCUGGCAGUUAAGGUGCAACUUUCUAAGCAUGAGAACAAAAGAGAAAUUAUGGAAUGAAAGCAACCUUUUUAAAAAUAGAAUCCUUGUCUGUACCUACCAACAGUAUUUCUGUAAUGUGCACACGGGUUUAAUACUACACCCGGAGAUUGCUACUUUGUGAUUUUUUCUUUGGUCAUUUCAACCCCAAAGAGUUUGCCCUGAUAUCCCCUGAGACCUGGCUGACUAGUUUUAAGUCUUUCAUUUCAUUUUUUUACACAUUGCACGUGUCUUUGAUGGCAAAAAUGUGUUUCAGUGAAAAUCUUUUUUUUUAAUAUCCUUUGUGGUGUAGGUUUCAGCAUAGCAGAAUAUAUGGCUCUUGAUAUUUAGACCAGAGACUCAUGUCCCCUUCAGGGGACAAAAAAAUGAUAGUUUGGAAUGUCUAAUUCAGGGGUCUCCGACCUGUAGACGCAGGGUUUUGCUUUAGCCCAACCCUAGGACACCUGAUUCAACUGAUUAUUUCGUCAUGGUCUUCAAUCAAGCCUGAUUCAACUUCUGUCUUGAUAAGCAGAAUCAGGUAUUGUAGCGCUGGGCUAAAACCAAACCUUUUUUGGAUAAGGUUGGACACCCCUGUGGUAACUGGACACCCAGGCCAGCACUUUGACGGCCUGUGAUAAUUCAGGAGGCUGCAGGACAGCACGUUCUCUUCCCUGAAAGCCGGCGCUGCCAGCAGCUUGCCUGUGGAGCUACGCAGCCGUUGGGUGGAAGUCGCCUCCCCCCGCCACCACCGUGACACGCCCGGCCACAGAGGGCGCUGGCACGGGCGCGGGGUGACGUACCCGUCCGCGCUCUGAAGCGGCGUUGUGACAAAAUGAGCUGUACGCUCAAACCGAGCCCUCUUCUGACGGUCAUUUCGGCGAUACGCUCAUUCCGUCUGUGACUCAGCGCUGAUGAUGGGUUCACGGGUCUGAAGGUUUAUGACUUUCCUAACGUCUUUGAUUUCAUCUGCACCCCCAGCCUCCCACAUUACCAUGAGGGUCAGUGUACGAAUUCUUGACUCCAUUUUUUGGGAAAAGGUUGCCUGUUGGCUAAAGCAUACUGCAUCAGUAAUCACUAAAGAACUGCAAGAACUGGAAUGACUUGCAGAAAAUGAUGAAUCUAAAGGCUCAUUUCAGUAGAAUCCCAGGGGAGCAAAGCUGGAUCUGAGGACACAGAAACAAUAGGGGGAAAAAAUUACGCAACUGAAAGUGAAAAAAAAAAAAAUUCUCACCAAUGAGAAGACACCCUUGUAUGACUCAGUUUCAUGUGUGAAACACACCUGUCAACCUGUUCUCCCAUUUUAAUACAUUUGACAUUUUUAAAAACUCACUGUGUCCCGCAGGAAUUUUACAGAGUAAAGGGAGCCUCACUCAGAGGUGCGACAGAAGGAGCCUAUCAGGAAUUUACUCCCAUAAAUAUUCAUCCCAACAUGACCUAAUGCCCUUCUAUAACAAUAUUCGCAUAAUCAAUAGUAGGAAAUACUCGAGAUGAAUCCAACUAUGUACGUAUGCACCAGAUUCUAAUUCAAUGAAAAUAACUAAUUAUUUCAUACAUCCAUCAACCAAACUAUGAGAACAUGAUGGAUGUGUUAUUCAUUGAUGUUUUGAGUAUAAUUCUUAUAAUAAUAGUAAUAAUAAUAAUAAUAAUAUAAUAAUAAUAAUAAUAAUAAUAAUGUCUACUCCAUUCUUUAUCUAAAUUGCACUUUUAGUUUCAGGCAAAAUGACAUCAACACAAAAUAGAAGGGGUGAUGUGCCAGAAUCCUCAAUUAGCAGUCAUCCAGCUGUUACCUGGGCGAUCUGGGUGACUCUUCUGCAUAGGAGGGGGUUUCUGUGUGAUCGUCGUUUGUAUCUUUUCCUCUCAUUACGAACAAAUGUCUAUAUUUCACACACUCUGACACAGAAGCCUUAAAAUCAGAGACUGGAGGUCUUGUGAAGCAAAAAUUGUAAUAUUUCCGACACUACCUACCUAACUAUUUAGAAGAGGAAGGAGGAAGAACAAACAUAAUUGAACACGUGAUUGUGUCAUCUCCUCUCAAAAUAUUGAGGUCCGUUUCUUUAUUUUACGCAUUUUCCCCCCAUCUUGUUCUUCUUUAAGUGUGUUUUCUCUUUGUGCUGAUGGUGGUGUAUGUGCUGUUUCAUGGGUUUAAGUCUUCCAGGCUUAGAAUUAUAAGUCUGGCGAAGAAGGAGUUUUGUACAGAUAGGAUGCUGUUAAUUUAUGUGAACAUAUCACUCACCUCUGUUAGGUACAACAGGAUUCAGUCAUGUGCUGAGACCUUGUGAUUAAUAACAGAGAGUUAUGAUAUUUUUUUUGUUCACUGGUUUAAUGAUGUAGAUUUAAAUUAUUUUAAAAUAUACUACUGUUGAACAAUGCACAGUUUGAUGUAAUUGUUAAAACUAUUCCAACUGUUAAUAAAAAACAUGAUUUAAUCUGUUUUCUCA